GGUCGUGUACAAGUGCUGGUUUUACUUGUUUGGGAGUAGGCGGGAAGCAGUUUCAUCCCUAACCUCAAACCCAAAGCUUUCUCCUUUCUCUCUUCAUAUUACUCCUCUUCCUCUUCUCUUUGCUACAUCUAAUGGGUAUAAAGGGUUUAACGAAGCUGUUGGCGGACAAUGCCCCAAAGUGCAUGAAAGAGCAGAAAUUCGAGAGCUAUUUUGGCCGCAAGAUUGCCAUCGAUGCCAGCAUGAGCAUUUAUCAGUUCCUUAUUGUAGUGGGAAGAACUGGGACUGAGAUGCUCACUAAUGAGGCUGGUGAAGUUACUAGUCAUCUCCAAGGCAUGUUUUCGCGGACUAUUAGGCUUCUGGAAGCUGGGAUUAAGCCGGUCUAUGUUUUCGAUGGGAAGCCUCCAGAGUUGAAAAGCCAAGAGCUGGCAAAGCGUUACUCAAAGAGAGUUGAUGCUACUCAAGAUUUGGCGACGGCCGUAGAGUCUGGCAAUAAGGAAGACAUUGAGAAAUUCAGUAAACGGACGGUAAAGGUGACAAAGCAGCACAAUGAAGACUGCAGAAGACUUUUAAGGCUCAUGGGUGUACCUGUAAUUGAGGCUCCCUCGGAAGCAGAGGCACAGUGUGCUGUACUUUGCAAGGCAGGAAAGGUUUAUGCUGUGGCCUCAGAAGACAUGGAUUCCCUAACAUUUGGAGCUCCUAAAUUUCUUCGCCAUUUGAUGGAUCCUAGCUCAAGAAAAAUCCCAGUCAUGGAAUUUGAUGUUGCUAAGGUUUUGGAGGAGCUAAAUCUUACUAUGGAUCAAUUCAUUGACUUGUGCAUACUCUCUGGAUGUGAUUAUUGUGACAGCAUUCGAGGUAUUGGAGGUCAGACAGCUUUGAAGCUCAUCCGCCAACAUGGCUCCAUAGAGAGUAUACUGGAGAACAUAAACAAAGAGAGGUACCAAAUACCGGAUAAUUGGCCAUAUCAAGAGGCUAGGCGGCUUUUUAAGGAACCAGUUGCUUUAACCGAUGACGAGCAACUGGAGCUUAAGUGGACUGCUCCAGAUGAAGAUGGGCUGAUUUCCUUUCUGGUGAAUGAAAAUGGAUUCAAUAGUGACAGAGUAACUAAGGCUAUAGAAAAGAUUAAAGCAGCCAAGAACAAGUCAUCACAGGGCAGACUUGAAUCAUUUUUCAAGCCAACUGCUACCACAUCUGUACCCCUUAAACGGAAGGAUAGCAAAUGUGUACUUAAACACCCCAAACCGGCAAUCAAGAAUCAGAUGUUCUCUGUACAAGAUUGUAACUCAUCUAGGCCCAAUGUCAUUGGCAGUCUAAGCCUGCCAAUUUAUAAUUUGGGCGCCAAAUCUCAUACCAUUAUCCAGAGGUGUUUGUUUUAGCACAUGAAGCUGAAAACCUUGGUGAACCUUCAGAGGAAACACCACAAAGUACUGCUAAAGAAACUAGUAACAAAAAGGCAAAGGGCGGUGGUGGCAGAAAGAAGAAAUAGUUGAAUUGGCUCAUGGCCUAUGAAACACGAGUUGAGAUUGCAUUGUGAUCGGUUGAAUUGGCGCAAAUUACCUUUGUGAGUUGGUGCACUCGUCUGUUUUCUUAUGUUUGAAUAGGAUUGCGGGAGACUUGUUUGGUUUUUGGAGGAUUAUUGUAUAAGUAGGUACUUCUGUACUCUGCUUAAAUUUCAGUUUGAUUAAUGGGAAGUCAAUGGCCCAGUCUAUGUACUUCUUGUUUUGCAUUUGGUGAAAAAGUUUCUCUAA